AUGUGCCUUUUAUGCAACAAAGUUUUGGACAGUGACGCUAUGAAACCAUCUAAACUGCAAGCUCAUCUGAGAAGAUGACAGGCAGCAGUGGCCGCAGUAGUAGACUCUUCGGUCUCCUGAUCAGUCGCCGUGCGCUAUGCGGGUUCGAGUCCCGUCCCAGGAGAAAUUCUUCUCUUGGCUAUGGAUGUUGUGAUUGUCCGUAGGUGGUAGACGGUUUCUGACUGUCGAACGUGGAGGUACCACUCGGCGGAUCUCGUAGGCGGAGCCAGAAUGUGUGCAUGUUGCAUGCACACGUGUUCCCUCGCC